AUUUCUUUGUUUCAAUUAUCAAAAAAAAAAAGGCAAAAUCUUUUUUAAAAAUUAGAUCUUUUUCAGUCUGGUGUGUGUAAUAUUCUGGAUAAGAUGAUUUUUUUUUUGUUUCCUUCUGAAUCUGAUCUGUCAAAUUGGUAGAGAGAGAGAGCCAUGGCUGUGAUCACGAGCACUGUCGGAUUCAACGCCAUUCUCGCCGCCGGAGCCAUCAAAAGUAAAACGGUGUCGCAUCGUACAUCCUCUGUUAAAUCUAAGCUCUUUGGUCUCAGAUUCUAUCUAGUAGCCGAACUGUCUAUUGUUUCUCUCUCCCCUUAUCAUCGUCGUUGCCCUGUUAUCACCUGCCGUUAUGGUGGUGGCGGCGGAGGUGCUCGCUUUCCCGGAGAUAGGAGAGGUAGGCAGAAAGAAUCAGAGGAUGAUGAUGCGCUUGAUAUCUCAGCUAUCAGGUCAGCCACUGUUAGGCUUAUUGAUGAUCAGCAGAACAUGAUUGGUUUAGUUUCCAAAGAUGAAGCGGUUCGAAGAGCUGAAGAAGCUGAGCUUGAUCUGGUGAUUCUUUCGCCGGAUGCAGAUCCUCCGGUUGUCAAAAUGAUGGAUUACAGUAAAUACAGAUACGAACAGCAAAAGAGGAAAAAGGAACAGCAGAAGAAAACUACUCGCAUGGACUUGAAGGAGCUUAAAAUGGGUUAUAACAUCGAUCAGCAUGACUAUUCUGUACGCAUGAGAGCAGCUCGGAAGUUCUUGCAAGAUGGUGACAAGGUUAAAGUGAUUGUGAACAUGAAAGGCCGGGAAAACGAGUUUAGAAAUAUAGCUAUUGAGCUCCUUAGACGUUUUCAGACUGAAAUAGGAGAGCUUGGAACUGAGGAGAGCAAAAACUUCCGGGACAGAAAUUUGUUUAUCGUCUUGGUGCCAAACAAGGAACUUAUUCGGAAAGUGCAAGAAGCGCCCUCAAAAAAGAAGAAAAAGCCAGCGGAUGAUGAAGUUAGAGCAGCAGGUAUAACAGCAACGCAAGAUAUAUGAUACGCAAUUGUCUGAUAUCAAAUUAAUCACCGGAUAAAGAUUGGAGUGCUAGGCAUAAUUGUCUGAAGAUAUGAUAUCUGGUAAAUAUUCAGGGAGUUUGAUAAAUUUAUGUAUAGUUCUUCUUUCUACUAUGCUGGUUACACUUCCCAUGUAUCUGUAACCAUAGAAAUAGAUUUUAUUCGAAUGUAAGAUCUUCCCUCAACACUUUUUUGUAUACCUUAAGUUUUCAACAUUUAAACAUAGUCAAAUAGAUUGUAACAA